GCUGCCCUGGCCCCUGAGUGCUCCCAGAGGGUGGAUAAGGCAUGGUGGUGAAGGUACCUCUGCCAGCAGCCAAGCCCUGGGGUGGGGCUGUGCUGUGGGGUCAGGCCUGGGCAGGCUAUGGCCAGAGCUUGGCUCUGGGCCUGCUAAAGGACAAGCCUUACAGGGCAAGGUUGAUGCUCUUUAUGCUGUUCAUGCUGUUUAUACUGCUGCAGUAAUUCCAGUUCGGCAGUGUGGCCAUUAUCCAGCUGCUUGGUGUGGGGGCCUGCCCCUUUGGUCCAGGGGAUCCUGGAGCGGAUUUCCACAGGGUCUCCAAGGGUGCUGAUGAGGCUUGCAUCCUCACUGUGGGGAAUGUCAUUGUUGGCCAGCUCCUCCAUCCACUCCUUGCACAGUGCUGCACGGUAGUCUCCCUGCCAUGAGAAACACCAUCUCAGCCCUCCUUUAAGUUGUACCCAGUCUAUUUGCUGACCAUCCUUGCCAUGUUCAGCUGGAGGUAUUCCCAGGCCUUCCCACUGGACACUGUCAACAGAGCAGCAGACUUUAUGGCAAAGCUGAGGCAGAUCUACCCCCAUGCAGAUACUCUCUGUGAGAAGGACUUUGAGUGGCUCUUUGACUGCCCUGAGACAAAGCAGUUCCUCGAGUGGUUCUGCAGCACAGUGGGUGAGGAGAAUGUGCUGAGCCCAGCUGAGGUGGAGGCCUAUGAGGCCCAGCUGGCUGCAGGCAAACCCAUCCUGGAAGGUGAUGCCUUGGAGGAGGCCCUGCAGAUGUUCUGCCAGGUCCUGCAGCUCCCGAGCUCCAUAGUGGAUGAGGGGCCCUCUCAAGAGGCCCUGCAGCAGGAGCUUCAGGAGCUGAAGCACUACCAUGACCUCCAGCUCUGGAGGUACAGGAAGCUGAUGGCUUGGACAAACAAGCUGAAGCAGGAGCAGAAGUAUUUGGAGGAGGAGAAGAAAGUGGUGAAGCAGGAGUUGAGGGUGGCUCAUAUGGACUUGAAAGCAAAGAUCUUCAAAACCAAAGCUGUCUUGAGCCAGGUCAGCAAGGCUGCAAAGCAGGUGUCACAGUGUCCCGUGAGCAUGGGGAUGGACCAGCUGCCAACACUGCUGUGCCAGAUGGAUCUUGCUCCUUACCUGGAGCAAGAACAACAGGCCACCGAUGCAUUUGAGAGCUUCAUCCAGCAGGUCCUACCACAGUGUGUUCAGUCUCCAGAUGUUUGGGAAGCAAGUGCACAGGGAGAGAGCACCCUGAAGGAAGCUCUGGAGUGGAUGGACUCAUACUGUGAAAUACCAGAAGAAAGAAGAGGAGCUCCUUAUCAAGAAUGCCCAAAAACACUGUGUGGGGGAGAACCAGCAAGCUGGGGAAAAUUGGUCCAAGGCUCAAAGUCAGAGCUCCUAGUGGAUGGAGGGAAUGAGAGAGACACGUCGAGCAUGGAGAGUGAGGAGAGAGAUGGCAGCCAGGAUGUCACAGAGGUAAGUGACACCAAGAAAACAUCAACAUCAAAAACUCUUGGGACUGAUGAAGAUGAGCUGCUGGAGGACCAAGACAGCUUCUGGAAGGAACUGAGCCAAAUAGAGACAGCUCAUAUCUGUGCCCGGAGGGAGGUUAUAGUCACAGCAGCAAAAGUGGAAGGUGCCCGUGCUGCGCUGGAGUGGGCCCAGAGGACUCUGGAAGCUCUGGAGGAUAACCAGCAGGCCGUGCAGGCCGAGCUGCAGAGCCAGGCUGCCGCGCUGCCCUGGCAGCUCCGCGCCCUGCGCUCCGACAUCGCGCACAUGCUGGCACAGCGGCUGCCCGCCCUGCUGCGGGCAGAGGCACGCCGCCUCCACCUGCCCAUCCUGCACAGGCAGGUCAGCCUGCGAGUGGCCCGGCUCCAGGACACUGCCACGAGGCAGCAGGAGGCGGCUGCGUGGCUGUUGAGCCAGCAGAGCCGCCUGGAGCUGCUAGAGCUGCAGCUAAAACGGGAGAGAAAAGAGCUGGAGCACAAGGCUGCUUGGCUGGAGAAGACCAAAACUGUCAUGAGGGAAUCCCAGACCAGGCUGCUGAACGAGCAGAUCUACUUCAGGGGUGCUGAGCCCUCCCAGAAGGCUCAUCCACACAAAUGGAUAGACCCCAAAGACCUCACUGCUGUACGGCUCUGGGACAUGCUGAUGGGAAAGGAUGAGAAGAAGCAGCAGCCCUUCCGCAGCUAUGCGGUCUUGGCAGCCAAAUGCUCCCAGCUGGUUCAGGACAAGAGGGCACUGGAAGCCCAGCUGGAAGCUCCUCUGCCCCAGGUGUCUGCCCUGGAGUCCUCCAUGGAAGCGCUCUACCACCAGCUGUACAGCAGCUCCAACCAGCUGCAGCUCUCCUCGCUGGAGAUCUCUGAGCUGAUGGAGCAGUUGAUCAUCGUGGAGGAUGACCUCUACCAAAAGCUGGCAGACCUCCUGAGUGACUUGGGGGUGAAGCGCAGGUCUCUGGAGAGCCCCAUGCUGCAGGCAGAGCGCAGCCUUUAUGUGCAUUUUUACUGCAAUGGGGACAGGCUGAGGCAGGAGGUGGAGGAGCUGGAGAAGCAGGCAUCAGCCUCCUCCAAGGGACCCCCGAGGGAGCUGCCCUAUGGAAAGGAGUAGGUCUAAGGGAUCCUUUCUCCCUGCCACAGUAGUGGUGUCCUCUUUUGGCUGGGAUGGGUCCUUAAUUAUGGUCGGGGAGAGAACUCUUGUGGUCUCUGCUCUGGUGUCAUGACCUGGCAGCUUUAAAAGAAUUUUAAAAGAUUUAAAAGAAUUUAAAAGAUUGAAAAGAUUUAAAAGAAACUAGGAGCUUAAUCCUUAAAUACAGAGUUUCUGGGGGCUGGUUUAGAUGACCUGUAAGAAAGCGAUGCAUCUUGUGGCAUUGGAAGCUUUGGAUAGACAAGACACUUCUUGUGCCAGCUCUACAAGAGGAGGGUGCUGGGGGCAAGUGGACCAACAUUGUCUGUGUCCUUCCCCUUUCACUUUCUGAGUGAAGGGGUUUUGUGUGUUUUUGGGAGAAUAAAAAGGUCUGUUACUCUCAACUGCAGAGCAAUAAGCC